UAAAGUUAUCGGUUACAAGCCGGCCAAAUUAAGGUUAAUUAAUCCCUUUGUAAGGGUUAAGAAGAGAAAAUCUAAAAGAAUUUCAGCGGGUGCCUCGAAACGACGACUAUCAGAGGAUAGUUUGGAAAGAGAGGUUAAUGAUUUCGAACGUAGAAGUUCAUUAAAAGAACUCUGGACUAAAAGAAAUGUUGACGAAAUGAGUGAUUCUGAUGUGGAAGUGGAAGUGGAGAAUUUUCUGCCACGCAUACACAUGACAGUAGAAGAUCCUAAUGCUGAUCUAUUUUCUUUGGAAAGAGAACAAAGAAGAGAACGUAAAAAGAAGCUGGCAGCAGAAAAACUUAAAUCAAAACCUCCACCGCCUGCCAAACCCAAACCGGAAUAUGUUUUGGGUAAGAAGAAAAAGAAAGAUGAAGAAAAGUUGAAAGAAGACAAACAGAAAGUGGAAAAGAAAAAAGAAGAAAAGAAAAAGUCUAAAGAAAAAGAACUAAAACCAAAGCCAGAAGAUAAGCCUAAGCCGGAGGAUAAACCUAAGCCGGAAGAUAAACCUAAGCCGGAGAAGAAAAAAGGAUUCUUUCACAAAAAAGAAAAGCCUAAAAAACCUUCCAUAGAACCCGUACCCGCACAAACGGUGACAGAACCACAACCAAUAGCCCAGCCAAUAGCUCAACCAGUAAGCCAACCAACAGCAGAACUUUGUUCUACGGCUAAUGGUGUUUGUCCACUUAGUGCGUCAGCUUAUUACCAACAAUAUCUCAACCAGCCACCUGAAAUGAGAGCACAAGCACCAUGGCCAAGCAGUGAUCCAAAUAAUCGCCAAAACUUCUUACAAACUCCGCCAUAUGGUGGACAAUAUUAUGAUCCAAAUCAACCGAGAAACUUUAAACAACAGGGAGAACAACCUACUUGGAAUGCUGGACAAUACAAUGAUCCAAAUAUUCCCCAAACGGUACUACAACAAGGUCAACAAAUUCAGCCAAAUGCGGGACAAUUCAAUGAUCCAAAUAUUCCCCAAACGGCAUUACAACAAGGACAGCAAACUCAGCCAAAUGCCUGGCAACUCAAUGAUCCAAAUAAUCCUGCAAACUCAUUACAACAAGGACAACAACAAACUCAGCAAUACUAUGAUCCAAAUAAACCUCAAACAGUGGUAACAGGACCACAAACUCCUACUCCCCCUCCUCCUUUAGCGGAUAGCAAUUAUUACCAACCAAUGUCUAUGGCUCAACCAUCACUUCCUGAAGCUAAACCCGCUGCCCGUUCCUCAAUAGAAUCGCGUCAAAGAAAAGCCUUAUUAGACUAUCAAAUGUAUAGCGCUUAUUAUCGUGAUAAUAGACCGUAUCCGAGACAGAAAAGAUCCUCAAGGGAAUAUUCGAAAAACUAUGCAAAUUUAUAUCAACAUGGAAAUAAAAAUAAAUCCUGUUCGUGUAAAGAGCCCUCAACAACGACUAAAACAAAAAGAAAGCGAGACUUUCGUACUGGAAAAUAUGAUUAUCCGUUUGCUCCUGUUACCCAAGAAACCUGUCGCUGUCAGGGAUUUGGAAACUAUGAAGAGCGGAAAAGCAUACCGUUUCCCUAUGACUAUCAACCUGGUUAUGUAAAUGAGCAGCAAUUUAAACAGCAAUUUUGUCCAUUUCAUGGUAUGAUAACCUUUGAUGGACCGGGAAGACAAGAAUUUCCCCCAGCUUUACCACCAACUCCUUUAACACCCUUUUCUUACCCCUCGGCUAAACCGUAUGGGGAAGUGAAACGUAAUCCAGAUUAUCGUUUUGAUUAUGCUCAAAACUAUAGCAAUAUACAGCCUGGCGAAACUUGUCCGUGUCAAGCCAUUAAAGCUUUCGAAGAUCAAAGAAAGCUAGAUUAUAGUUUUGGUGCAAAAUCAUAUCCAUGUCAAGAUUUACAAGCUUAUGAGGAGGAGAAAAGAAGAAAAGAACAAUAUCGUUUUGAAUAUGGACAAAAGGAUACUUGUCCUUGUAAAGCUAAACAAGAGGAGGAAGAGGGGAAGGGAAAAUGUUCAUGUGGUAAACCGCAACCUUGUACUUGUAAGGAAGCUUAUAAUAGAAAACAACAGCAAGAUGCUUGUCCUUGUAAGUCUGACAGAGAUAAGGAAGUGGAGAAAGGAAAAUGUUCCUGUGGUAAACCGCAACCUUGUGCUUGUAAAGAAUCUUAUAGAAGUAAACAACAGCAGGAUGUCUGUCCUUGUAGGGCUGUUGGCAAGUCACCUUGUUCGUGUAAAGAAUCCAGCCGAAGUAGACAGCAGGAAACUUGUCCUUGUCAAGUAAUCAAAUCUUAUGAACAGGAGAGAAAGUCUGCUUGUGCUUGUGAAGAAGAAUCUCGAAGAAAGAAGCAGAAGGAUUCUUGUCCCUGUGAAGAAGAGUCCAAAAGAUUGAAGCAGCAGGAAAGUUGUGCUUGCCAAGAAGAAUCUAGGAGGAAAAGCCAAAAACAAACUUGUGCUUGUGAAGAAGAGUCCAGAAGAAAGAAACAAGAAACCUGUGCUUGUGAAGAGGAAUCUAGGAGAAAGAAACAACAAGAAACUUGUGCUUGUGAAGAGGAAUCCAGGAGAAAGAAACAACAAGACUUCUGUGCUUGUGAAGAAGAGUCCAGAAGAAAGAAACAACAAGAAACUUGUGCUUGUGAAGAGGAAUCCAGGAGAAAGAAACAACAAGAAUCCUGUGCUUGUGAAGAAGAGUCCAGAAGAAAGAAACAACAAGAAACCUGUGCUUGUGAAGAAGAGUCCAGAAGAAAGAAACAACAAGAAACUUGUGCUUGCGAAGAAGAGUCCAGAAGAAAGAAACAACAAGAAACUUGUGCUUGUGAAGAAGAGUCCAAAAGAAAGAAACAACAAGAAAGUUGUCCUUGUGAAGAAGAGUCCAGAAGAAAGAAACAACAAGAAUCCUGUGCUUGUGAAGAGGAAUCCAGGAGCAAGAAACAACAAGAAUCCUGUGCUUGUGAAGAAGAGUCCAGAAGAAAGAAACAACAAGAAAGUUGUGCUUGUGAAAAAGAGUCCAGAAGAAAGAAACAACAAGAAAGUUGUGCUUGUGAAGAAGAGUCCAGAAGAAGUAAAAAUGAAGAAACUUGUCCUUGUGAAGAAGAAUCUAAAAGAAAGAAGCAGCAAGAAACAUGUCCUUGUCAAGCAGCCAAAGACAAUGAAGAAGAGUCGCAUGGAAAAUGUCCCUGUGACAGUAAGGAUAGAGAUAAACAGAAGCAAGAUAAUGUCUGUCCCUGCCAAGUAUCGAAAUCAUAUGAUAAAGGCCAACAGGAAGAAUGUCCUUGCAAAAGAUCUAAACAAUCUAAAGCGAAUGGAGAAGAUAAAAACUUUUGUCCUUGCAAAGAUUCUACUGAAAAUGGAAGACAGCAGGAAGUCUGUGCUUGUCAAGCUGAAAAAUCCAAUGAAGAGAGAAGGCAAGGUGAAUGUCCUUGUAAAGAUACUAAUGGAGAAAAUAAAUCUUCUAAUGCAAGGAGAUCUUCUUAUGAAAGGAGAUCCUCAUAUAAAGGAAGAUCUUCUUAUUCUGAUGGUAAACAACCAAUCUGCUCCUGUGAUCAAACUUGUUCCUGUAAAGAUUCUAAUGGAAAUAUACAGCACAAGCAAACAUGUUCUUGUACCCAAAGACAAGAUAAAAAUCAAGAACCGGAAAGAGGACUUUAUGAAAUGGUUAAAUAUUGUGAGGAGAAAAUUCAGAGAGAGAAAAAACAAGAAAGCUGUCCUUGUAAACAAAGCAGUGAUGAAGAUGAUGAAAAGAAAUGUAAAUGUCGCAAAAGAUCCAAAUCUUGUGAGGAUAAAAAGAAAUGUUCCUGCAAACGAUCGAAAUCUUGUGAUGACGUAAGGAAAUGUAAAUGUAAGAAGCCAAAAGAUAAUUGCAAACGUUCCAAAUCCUGUGAUGAUUGUCGUAAAAAGAAAAGGAAAUCGUGCAGUUGCGAAGACUCUAGUUCCAGUGAUGAUGAAAGUGAGAGCGAUAGUGAAGAGGAUGAUUCUACUUGCAGUGAAGAGGAUUCCAACUGUUCUUGCAACAACUGUAAGAAGAAACGAAAACAAAAGAAAAAACGAAAAAACAAAAGAAAAAGUUGGAAAUUGUUCAAACUUUACAAACAAGAUCCAUGUGCUUGCAAAGAAACUAAAACAUGUGAUAAGAAGAAGAAGAAACCUAAAAAAUGUUCUGAUCCCUGCAAAGACGUUGAUAGUGUCGAUGAAUGCGAAGUGUCGCAGAAUUCCAGUUGCUGCGAAGAGGAUCCCUGUGCUAAGAAGAAAAAACAAAAACCUUGUGCUGAUCCUUGUAAAAGUAAGAAGAAAACUUGCAAACAAGAUCCCUGUAAAAAAUCCAAAUCCUGUGAUAAGAAGAAAAAACAAAACAUCUGUUCUGAAGCUUACAAAGAUGCUGAAGACAGUGAAGAAUGGGAAAGUGUAGAAGAUUCAUGUAAUGAUCCCUGCAAAACUCAAUCUUCCAAACAAACUUGCCCACGACCAAACUGUCACAAAUGCCCAAACGAAAGACAACCACAAUGUCCACAAUCAACCUGCCAAAAAUGCGCAAACGAAAGUCAACCUCAAUGUCCCAAACAAGCCAAUGACAACUGCAACAUUUGUCAAAAUUCAAACGAUGAUUACGACGAUUUUUCAGACUCUGAAGUUGCUCGCAAUAAGAAACAUUCUUUGCAGAGUGAAAGAACUAUUUAUAUGUAUCGGCGAAUACGCAAAGCCAAGAGCGUAAAGAAUGAUGUGAUCGCAACAAAUCCACAGCAAAUGAAGAUCAACGAUCCUCAUUCCAAAAGAUGGGCGGACUAUCGUUAUAACUACAAUCAACAGAAGUAUACGGGUAAUAAACAAUGGUUGGACUAUAGAGAAAGGGAAAAUGAAGACAAUGUGAGAGAAGAUAAGAAAGCUAAAACUUGUGAGCAUUGUGGAGGCAAACGACAAUCUAUAGAAACGAAUACAAACAAAUAUUGUGCCGCAUCAGGAAGAAGAACUCAAUCGUGUGGCUGUAACAAUUGCAAUCCUCAGGAUAAGCGCGAUCAUCGAACUUUUAAAGAUUCAAGAAAUAAAAGAGAUUCUAUAGAUUCCCACAACUCUAAGAGGAGUUGUGCUAAAUGUUCCAAAGACUCAAGAGCAUCAAGACGCUCUUCUUAUGAUAAUGAAAGUCCUCGAGCUUCUAUAGAAUCUCACGAUAAGAAAAAUUGCUUUGGACGUUUCAAAGAUUCUAGAAAUAGAAGACAUUCUAGAGACUCUCGAGGAUCAAGGCAUUCUUCUUAUGACACUUAUUGCCCUCAAACUUCUAAUAAAUCUCAGCAUACUAAAUAUUGCUUGAAAUCUUCUAAUAAUUCGAGAGAUAGAAGACAUUCUCAAGACUCUAGAGGAUCAAGACGUUCUUCGUAUGAGCACGAUAAUUCAAGAUCCUCUAUGGAUUCCCAGGACAAGUGUGAUAAAUGCAAUAAACACAGAACUGAUAGCCAACAACAACCUGAGUCCAAUAGCGAAGAAGAAAUGCCAACUAGAAGUCGUAAAAGAUAUAGAGGAGGUUCAGAACCGGAGAAUGAUAAUACAAAGCCGCCACCAGUACCACCUAAGCCUCCUAAAAAACCUAGAAGAUUAUCGCUAUGUUGUAUAUCUUCCUCCCGAGGUUCCUCGGAUAGUAUGACAAACCCUGAAGCCGAUAAUUUAACUAAAGAACAACAUGCCAGCACUUCUAAAUUUAAGAAAAUUAAAAAAUUAUGUUUCAAAGAUUCUCUCUGUUGCAUGGCCCUAUGUCGAAAACCUAAAAAGCCCCAAAAAGAAGUGGAAUUCAAAAUAGAAGUUGAACCAGAACCCGAACAAGAGCCACAACCUCAAGCUCAAGCCGAACCUGAGAAAAAGUUGCGUAAAUGUAAAUUUCCUAAAAGACCUCCCGGAGCCGCAAAGUAUACAGUUCCCGCUAAUGUUUCCAAAAAUCAUGAAAUUUGUUACAAAGAUUCUCACUAUUGGUUGGGUUUAAAUGCCAAUUAUCCGCGGACUUAUCAGGAACUUGCCAAAAGACAACAAGAAGCCAAAGAACAUUUAGAGCAACAAAGACGAAAACUAUGGGGCAAUAGUUGUCCUAAGCCAAAACCCGCGCAGGAGUUAUAUCAGCCGAUUAAAGUAAAGACGCUUUUCGAUGUAAAACCAGCUCAUCAAAAUUGUUUUAGUGAUGAUUCUGCUCCUCCCAAAGAGAUAACCGAAAGUAGUAAGCGUUUAAAAAGAUUUAGAAAGCGAGAGUUGGAAAUACAAAGAAUACGAGAUACAAUACCAUCGCCUCGACCUUGUACAUGUAAAACUACUGCAGCAACUAAACCUAAUGCCAGAAGACAAGAUUUUAAGCCAAAAUCAAACAAGGAAACUAUCUCUCAUAGAAAUUGCGAUUGUCAGAGUUCUUAUCCUGAAAGUGAUGGCGAAAAAGACACUACAAAACGCAAGAAAAAGUUUAGCAAAAAGCUGGAGAAGCCGGCCGAUAAAACGAAAGAAAGAGAAAAAAGUAAAAAUGUAAAAUGUCCUGUCCAUGGAAAUUGUGAUUGUGAACGAUCUCGACAUGCUGUCAAAGACAUUAAAAGAUCAGAGAGUAAAAAACAACAGAAAGAGGAUAAAAAGCAAAAGAAACGUGAAAAGUCUUCAGCUGGCAAAAAAUGUGGCUGUGAGAUAUGUUCACAAGAUGAGAAGAAAUCGAAAAAUAAACUAGAGAUAUUUAUGCGGAAAAAACUGUUGUAAGAAACACAAAGAAGCAGGGAGAGGUGGGGAAAGAGAAUCUAAAAGCCUACAAGAAAUCCAAACAUCAAGAGUCCAAGCUUAGAAAGAUGAACUUUUAGAGACAAUCUAAUGAUUAUGGGAUCAUUUUUAGAUCAUAUUUGAAAUGAUCUUGAGAUCAUAUUUGAAAUGAUCUUGAGAUCAUAUAAAUGAUCUGAUCAUUUAAAUAAUCUGAUCAUUUGGAUGAGAAUAUUAUAAUGUAAACAAAAGAUCGAUCAUUAGGCGAUCAUAUUAAUGUUCUUUAGAUCAUUUAACUUAUUUAGAGACCUUUUUUAAUCAUCUACAGAUCAUUUUAAAUUUUCUAGAGAUCAUCUUGAAUGGUCUACAGAUCUUAUUAAAUGAUCAGGAGAUCAUAUUAACUGAUCUAAAGAUAAUGUUAAGAUGAUCUGUAGAUCAUUAAACUGAUGUACUGGUUAUCUUAAAAGAUCUAGAGUUCUUCUUAAAUGACCUACAGAUUAUGAUUUAGAGGCCUUAAAAAACCUAGAGAUCAUCUCAAAUGAUCUAGAAAUCAUCUUAAAUGAUCUAGUGAACAUAAUAAAUGAUCGAGAGAUCUUAAAUGACUUACAGAUCAUCUUAAAUGAUCUGGAGAGCAUCUUAAAUGAUCAAGGAAUCAUCUUAAAUGAUCUAGAGAUCUUAGAUGAUCUAGAAAUCAUCGAACAGAUCUACAGAUGAUCUUAAAUGAUCUUGAGAUUGUCUUAAAUGAUUUGCAGAAAUGAUCUACAGAUCAUCUUAAAUGAUUUGCAGAAAUGAUCUACAGAUCAUCUUAAAUGUUUUGCAGAAAUGAUCUAGAGAUUACAUUAAACGAUCUAGAGAUCAUCUUAAAUGAACAAAAGAUCAUCCUAAAUGAUCUACAGCUCAACUUAAAUGAUCUACAGAUCAUUGUAAAUGAUCAACAUUAGCUAAAUAAUCUAGAGAUCAUUAAAAGCACCUAAGUGAUCUAAAAAUCCUCUUAAUGAUCUAGAUGACAUUAAAAUGAUCUAGCGAUUAAGAUAUCUUUAAACUCACCUAAAGAUCCAUCAAAUUAUCUAAUCUAUAAUAAUACCAACAAUCUCAGAAUCAUCUAAAUUAUCUUCAGAUCAUCCAUGUAAUCCAAAGAUCAUUAGCAUGAUCCUCCAACUGAUCUCAAAAUCAUACUAAUGUUCCUAAGAUAAUCAAAAUUAUCGCAACAUCAUCGCAAUAGAUCUAAGAUCAUUAAAAACCUCUAAAUGAUCUCAAGAUCAUUCAACUGAUUCUGAAGAUAUCUUUAAACUUACCUAAAGAUCCAUCAAAUGAUCUUAUCUACUAUAAUACCAAGAUCAUCUUAACAAUCUCAGGAUCAUUUAAAUAAUCUCCAAAUCAUCCAAAUGAUUCCAAAGAUCAUUAGCAUGACAAGAUCCUUCAACUGAUCUUAAAAUUCCCAAGAUAAUCAAAAUGAUCGCGACAUUAUAGCAAUAGAUCUAAGAUCUUUUGAAAACAUUAAAAAAAAACUCCAAAUAAUCUCAAGAUCAUUCAACUGAUCCUGAAAUUUAUCAAAAUAAUCACAAGAUCAUUCCUAUGAUGUCAAAAAUAAUCCCAAAAUCUUUAAAAUCU